AUGAAAGAGCCCCGGCCCCAUACCAGAGAGCGUCCUGCCCCCUGGACACGAGCCCAGCUUCUGUCCCGAGGGCAGGGGGCUGGGCCCAUGGGGGCAAACUCAGCUCCCUUCCCUAGAGCAUCCGGACUCCUGGGCAUAAGCCCAGCUCCCAUCCCAAGAGGGGCUGGACUCCAAAACACGAGCCAGGCUCUCCUCCCAAGGCCUGGUGGCCUCUUGGGUACAACUCCAGCUCCCGUGCCAGGUGGGGCCAUGUCCUUGGGCCAGAACUGUGCUCCUGGUGUCAGGGGGACUAGACCUCAAGACACAAGUCAAGUUCCCUUCCCCAGGGCAGGUGGCCUCUUGAGCAUUAGCCCGACUCCCAUCCCAAGGGGCAUGGGAGCCCUGGGCCUGAACCCAGCUAUCCUCCCAAGGGCCGGUGGCCUCCUGAGCACUAGCCCAGCUCCCACCUUGCUGGGAACUGGAGCCAUGGGCCCAAGCCCAGCUACCCUAUCAAGGGCAGGUGGCCUCCUGGGCCCAAGCCCGGUUCACACCCCAAGGGCAGGUGGCCUCCUGGGCCCAAGCCCGGUUCACACCCCAAGGGGCACUGGCACCGUGGGCCAGAAUCCAGCUAUUCUUCCAAGAGCAGGUGGGCUCCUGGGCUCCAGCCCAGCUCCCAUCCCUAAAGCAGGUGGCCUCCUAGGCCCAAGCCCGGCUUCCAUCCCAAGGGGCACUGGAGCCCUGGGCCCCAGACCAGGUCCCGUCCCGAUGGCGCCCGGCGCCCUGGGCCCCAGACCAGGUCCCGUCCCGAUGGCGCCCGGCGCCCUGGGCCCCAGACCAGGUCCCGUCCCGAUGGCGCCCGGCGCCCUGGGCCCCAGACCAGGUCCCGUCCCGAUGGCGCCCGGCGCCCUGGGCCCCAGACCAGGUCCCGUCCCGAUGGCGCCCGGCGCCCUGGGCCCCAGACCAGGUCCCGUCCCGAUGGCGCCCGGCGCCCUGGGCCCCAGACCAGGUCCCGUCCCGAUGGCGCCCGGCGCCCUGGGCCCCAGACCAGCUCUUGGCCCAGGGGUGACCAGAGCCCUGGGCCCCAGACCAGGUCCCAUCACAAGGGCAGGUGGCCUCCUUGGCACUAGUCCGGCUCCUAUCCCACGGGGCAGUGGAGCCCUAGGCCUGAGUCCAUCUCCCAUCCCAGUGGAAAUGGGAGGUCUGGGCCCAAGUCCAGCUCCCAUCUUGAGGGCAAGUGGCCUCCUAGGCCCGAGCCCGGCUCCCAUGCCGCGGGGGACUGGAGCCCUGGGCCCGAGCCCGGCUCCCAUGCCGCGGGGGACUGGAGCCCUGGGCCCGAGCCCGGCUCCCAUGCCGCGGGGGACUGGAGCCCUGGGCCCGAGCCCGGCUCCCAUGCCGCGGGGGACUGGAGCCCUGGGCCCGAGCCCGGCUCCCAUGCCAAGGUCAGCUGGCCUCUUUGCCACUCGACCAGCUGACACCCUACCUAUGAAUCCAUUCUCCUUUCCAAGGGAGGGAGGCCCCUCAAGUUCAACCCCAGCUACCAUCACAGGAGUUGGCUUACCCUUGACCAUGAAUCUGGCUCCCAGCCCAAGGGCUGGAGGCCUCCUAGGCAUGAGCCCAGCUCCAGUUCCAAGAACAACUGGCUCCCUGCAUAGGGAUUCAGCUAGCUCACUGAACACAGCUCCCAUCACCCGGGGGCCUGCUAUGCUGGACACUAGACCUACUCGUCCCCUAGGUCAGUCUCCCUUCCCCAGGGCAGCUGGUCCCCAAAGUGUAAACCUGACUCCCUUUCCCAGGCUGGGUGAGCCCCAGAGCAUGAACCUAGUCCCCUUCUCCAAAGCAGCUGGCCCCCUAGGGCCAAACUCAACUCCCUGCCCUCGGCCAGCUGUCCUCUUUCCUAAUGGGAUAUUGCUAUCUCCCAUUAACAACACAGCCAGGCUGCGGUGGUGCUGAUUCUCUCCUGCCCUGGGGUCUGUGAGAGAUGAUCAAGAGUGCAGACAUACUCCCGACACCUGCCUUGCCAUCAAGCUGGGACCUAGCUUUUCCCAGAGCCUUGCUGGGUUCUGGACUCCAGGGGGCCAUAGGCCAGCAGCCCCUCAUCUUCCUAGAUGUGGUGGAGCACUAUGUGUUUGUGACCUACUUCUAAGGGAAUGCAGAUCUCAGGCCCAGCAACUCCAGCACUGGCUCCUUGCCUGCACAGGAGGGAGUCCAGAAGCCCCCCAUCUCCUCUGUCUGGCAGUAGUGCUCAGAACUGGAACAAUGAGCCAGAAUAGCCUGUUCUGAAGCAGCCCCGUGGUGUAACCCCAACCACGCAGUUGCUGAUGGACACAGCAGGUGGUAUAACCUUUCCUGCUCAGCUAGGAGCCCACUGACUAUUUGUUCUGGUUUUGAGUUCUUUCUUGCUGCCCCUUGAAUAAAAGUGACAGGAGGGUCAGUUGGCCUGCACUGUCUGUGUUAUCCCAACACCAUAGGGGUGGGGAGAGGAACAGCGACUCUGCCACAGCCAGGAAGGACAGGACCACUCCAGACACUGAAGCCUCUUUACUGCAGCAGCGGUCAGCUGGUAUUCAGCUACUGGAGCAAACCCUUGGGAAUGUUUGCCUCCACGGUGAGCCCCCUGCCGGGCAAGGAUAUGGAGGAAGUGGCUCUGCAUGGACAGUUGCAGGAGCCUGUGUAGCAAGAGCAUAGGCACUCAGUUACCAAGUCAGGCCCCUGGCAGAGGUGCUCGAGCCAUAUGUGGGGACUCAUUUCUAGGGCCAAGAAGGCAGUUGCCCCCUCAAGACACGCUCCUGAGCCUUCCUGUGUGCAAAUCUCUUUAUUGUGACAAAUCCAUUGUGAUAUAAAAACAGACCUUUUUAAAAAAAUGAAAAAAUGCUGGUAAAAAAUAAAUAGAUUUACAAACAA